AUGGAAUAUUACAAAAAAUUCCAAACAAUCGCAGGAUAUAUCUGCCGAGCUUCCAAUCUUGCUAUUUUAUUAGAUUCUCCGGACACCCCAGAUUGCGUGAAGGAAGUAAGUGAACUCCUGAAAGGUGGUAAAAAAUUAUCGUCUAAAGUUGGGGAAAUUCCCACCGACAUCGAUCAAGAUUCAUCAAACUCCAAAAUCCAGCAUAUGCCAGACGUGCUCUGCGCCUUCACCUAUGCAGCACUACUGGAGAGACUUAAGCUUAUGGACAUCUCAAACAUGCAUCAACUGGCUACAUCGGAUUCAAGUACCAGCUGUGUAUCAUCGCGAGUCAAGUUUGCUACACGAAUUGUCUGGAAAGGGCUUUCACUUUCAUCUUACACAGUCAAUCAUAGAAAUGGGAUUAUAGAAUACAUUCCGGUCGACCUCACCAGUAACAAAUCAAGCCCAAAGAUGGGACAAAUCUUGAACAUUUUUCAUCAUGUUCGCAACUGUACAACAACUGGCAAAGACAUCCAGGACACAUUCAUUUCGGUUCUCCCGUUCAAAGCAUUAGAUGAAGAUGAUCAACAUCGAAAUCCAUUCAAGGAUUGGGAUCAGUUAAAAUUUGACUUAUUCUAUGCACAUCCGACAAAUGAUCAAAUCAAAAAAGACCUUGGAUUAAAUUGCAAUAUGAUUCCUGAGGUUAUAGCUCUCAAACAAGUAUUCUAUCCCACCGCCUCUUACACUUACGCCUCUGGAACCUUUGGAAUCCAAUCGUCUACAAUUGCAAUCAAAUCAUUAUCCCGAGGCCGCCAUACUUGGUCAUGA